AUGCAUGGCAAGUGGAAGGAAUUACAGGGGCACGAAAUCGCUAGCCUCGACGAGGUGCAAGAAACGGCGUCGAAAAUGGUGACACCCAAAAAGGUGAGCUCCACGUGUUCGAAACACGCAACAGAGCCGAUCAAGAUCUACUGCGAGACGUGCGACGAGUUGAUUUGUCGCGACUGCACCGUCAAGACCCAUCGCGACCACAACUACGACCUCAUCCCCGAUGCCUUCCCGAAACACAGAGAUGCCAUCCUUGCUUGCCUACGUCCCGUCAAAUCUGAGCUUGCUAGUGUAGGGAGCACCAUUGCACAGCUGAAGGCAAGAUCUAGCAGGCUAGACGGACAGGGUAUAGAGGCAAAGGCAGAGGUGAAUGCUGAAGUAGACAAGCUCCAGGCAAUCCUAGAUGCUCGCAGAAGGGAGCUUCACUCCCAGAUAGAUGGUCAGGGUUCUAAUUGUAUGAAGGUGUUUGACGGCAAUCACAGACUGCUGCGAUCAUUUGGACACACAGGACCAGAGGAAAGCAGACUUGACAGACCACUAGGAGUAGCCAUCUCUUCUGAUAACACAGUGUUUGUGGCUGCCUGCCACUGUGUGAAGAAAUUCACUCUUGAGGGUCGGUUCAUAGCAUCAGUGGGUUCAAAGGGCAGUGGACAACUGCAGUUCGACACACCAUGGGCCAUAGCCUACAACCAUACCAACAACAGAGUGUAUGUCUGUGACACUGCAACCAUCGCAUCACAAUCCUCAACCAUGACUUGA